AGCCAGAGGCCGGACAGACGCAGGUGGGGACCCGCGCGGCGGAGGGACUGAGCCCGGACCCCGGGAGUCCCGGAGACCUGCGCCGGGAGCACCCAGGAUGCCCCGUGGGGACUCGGAGAAAGUGCGCUAUUGCGCUCGCGUCUCCUACCUCUGGCUCAAGUUCUCGCUCAUCAUCUACUCCACAGUGUUCUGGCUGAUCGGGGCCCUGGUCCUGUCUGUGGGGAUCUAUGCAGAGGUCGAGCGGCAAAAAUACAAAACCCUCGAGAGUGCCUUUCUAGCUCCGGCCAUCAUCCUCAUCCUCCUGGGGGUUGUCAUGUUCAUCGUCUCCUUCAUUGGUGUGCUGGCUUCCCUCCGGGACAACCUGUGCCUUCUCCAGUCGUUCAUGUACAUCCUUGGGAUCUGUCUCAUCAUGGAGCUCAUUGGUGGCGUGGUGGCCUUGAUCUUCCGGAACCAGACCAUUGACUUUCUGAACGAUAACAUUCGAAGAGGAAUUGAGAAUUACUAUGAUGACCUGGACUUCAAAAACAUCAUGGACUUUGUUCAGAAGCAGUUUAAGUGCUGUGGUGGGGAAGACUACCGAGAUUGGAGCAAAAACCAGUACCAUGACUGCAAUGCCCCCGGGCCCCUGGCCUGUGGGGUACCCUAUACCUGCUGCUUCAGAAACACGACAGAAGUCGUCAAUACCAUGUGUGGCUACAAAACUAUCAACGAGGAGGCACUAGACAGAUACAGCAGGAGACACAGCGAAGUCAUCGAAUGUUUGCACCUAUAUGAAUUCCUGAGUCCAGCGGUUGCAGGGGCAGCUGAUGUGGAGGCUUGUGUUGGUAACUCGCAUACAUGGGCACCAUUUUUGCUGAUGAACAACUCUUCAUAAAGUCCAAACGAAACAAAAUACAAUCAUUCAUUAAUUUACAUAGUACUUCUGGAAAAUUCAGUGCAUAUUAAAACCAUGAAGAAAAUGGUUUUUAUGGGUACCUGGAGUUAGGUAGGCUUUGGACUCAGAUAAUUAUAAGCAGGUUUUCACUCAAGCGAAUGUCUGGGGGCAUCUGAGAGACAUGCAGGCAGGGCUGUGGCUGGUGGAGCAGUAUUGCCCUGAGCUCUGCAGUCCCUUAGCUCCCAGACCCAGCUAUUGUGACAACCAAAAGCGCCAUCACAAGUGUCCAGAAUGCUCCCUCACGUUGCACAUGAGGGAACUAGGCUCAGAGAGGCUCAGGGGCUUGCCUGACCUCCAGAGAGUGGCUGUCAGCACUAGGGCUGGGGCGGGGGUGCUCAGCUAGCCCCACCAGGCCCCCCACCCUGGCCCCUC